AUGGACGUGUGGGGCCCAGCCCGCAUCCGUGGACAGGCUGGUGCUGGUACUGGUGCUGCUGGUGCUGGAGCUGCUGGAGGUGCUGCUGCUGCUGGCGGUGCUGCUGGCGCUGCUGGAGGUGCUGCUGGUGCUGGUGCUGCUGGAGCUGCUGGAGGUGCUGCUGCUGCUGGCGGUGCUGCUGGCGCUGCUGGAGGUGCUGCUGGUGCUGGUGCUGCUGGUGCUGCUGGAGCUGCUGGAGGUGCUGCUGGCGGUGCUGCUGGCGCUGCUGGAGGUGCUGCUGGUGCUGGUGCUGCUGGAGCUGCUGGAGGUGCUGCUGGUGCUGGUGCUGCUGGAGCUGCUGGAGGUGCUGCUGCUGCUGGAGCUGCUGGAGGCACUACCACUGCUGGUGGUGCUGCUGGAGCUGCUGGAGGUGCUGCUGGUGCUGCAGCUGCUGGAGGUGCUGGUGCUGCUGGUGGUGCUGCAGGUGCUGGAGCUGCUGGAGCCGCUGGUCCUGGAGGGGCUGUUGGUGGCGCGCCAGUAGCUACUGCUGGCGCGCUAGCUGCUGCUGGCGCAUGCUUGCUGGCGGGUGGCGCUUCGGGUAGGCCGCUAGCUGUGGUUGUGCGCGCUCGUCCGUGCUGCAGCGCGCGCGGGUGCGUGCUGGUGUGCGUGCUGGCGCGGGCUGCAGUGCGCGCUGCUGUUACGCGCCCUGCUGCUGGUGUUAUGCGUCCAGCUAUGGUGCAUGCUACUGCUGCUGCUGUGCGCGCUGUGGCGCGCGCUGCUACGGUGCGCUCUGCAGGGGGGCGCUAUGCUGGCGGCGCGCGCUGCUGUUACGCGCCAUGCUGUGGCGCGUGCUGCUGCUAA